AUGACAACUUCCGAAAGAAUUCAACAAGAAUUACAAGAUUCAAAAGGAGAGUACAAAGAGGCGAAGGAGAACUUGAAGGGAGAACAACAGAGGUUAGACGAAGUAAAGAAUAAUUUGAGGAAGUUGAAGAGUCAGAUAAGAAGUGAAAAAGAUGAGGAGAAAAAGAAAAAAUUGGAAGGGGAUAUAGAAGAUAUGGAAGAGGUGAGAGACGAAUUGGAGAAAAAAAACGAAGAGUUGAGGAAAGACUUGAAUGACAUACGGGAGAAGGUCAUGAAAUUCCGGGAUGCAUUAUUAGUUGAUUUCGGUGAAGGAAAAGGUAAAAAAAGAAGUGCUAGUGAUGAGGACUUGACUGAAGAAAGAAGUCAUUUCUUUAAAAAAAUCCAACAUUUCUAUCCUCCUCCACCUGAGUUAGCUGAUACUAGAAGAUUUAAGGAUUACCAAGAUGAGAAGGAUCCCUUCAUCCUAAACUACCGUCCAUCUUAUGCAGCUGGUCUGCCUGUAACACUCUGCAGUGACAUCCUAGCAAAGUUUCAGGAUGAUGCCAAGGGAAACAUUGAGUUGAACAAAGAUGAUAUUAUAUUUGUUCGUGAUCUCUCAAAUAAGAUGUGUUCCUUUUUUUCAGAUGAGAAUACAAGAAGAAAUUGCUUUCUUGAACUAAUGGGUUCAUAUCUCAACAGAGUGUUUGACAUCUAUAAUUUUGGAAAUAAUCGAACAACAAAUGGUAGCAUUAUGUUUACCAAAGGAAACUUUCAAGUGCCUCUGUUGAGCUUAGAGGUGAAGCUAGAGAUUGGAAUGGGAAGUGGGUGUGCAUAUGUUCAGUCAACUGCUUACUAUGUAGAGUUCAUCAAAAAAUUCAGGAAUAGCCCCGCAAUUUCUCAAUCUCGAUUUCCAGUAUUUUUAGUAUACUUGGCAGGACCAUAUAUGGGUGUAGCUGGAGCUGUGUUUUUGGAAAAUCCUGUAUGUGAACCUCUCACACCUGUAAUGCCCCUCUUCUAUCUCCCUCACCAUGAAGACAUACUAUUAGGGACUGCUUAUGUGGUCAAGGCUUUGAAGAUAGCCCUUACCAAUUUGGAGAAAUUUUAUGACCAGUUGAGUCAACAUAGUCAAAUAAUUACAGAAGACAGAAAAUCGUUAUGUUUUCAAGCAAUAAUGGAAUACAAUGGUGGAUUAUCAUCUCAACAUGUAAUUAUCAAGUUUGCCAAGAGAUAUUCAGAAGCAUGUCAUAAAGAAUGUCAAACAUUAGGAAUUGCACCAAAAUUGUUUUUCUGUGAACAGAUUGCUGGUGGAUGGUAUGUUGUAAUUAUGGAACAACUAAUGGAACACGAUUAUUAUUUUAUUUUGAUCAGGACAAAAAUCGCUUUAUAUAUGAGGCUUUCAAACAUCUUGAUUAGUCCUGAUGAUUCAAUAAAGAUCAUAGAUUUUGAUUGGAGUGGCAAGGUAGGAGAAGUUGUUUAUCCACCCCUCUUGAAUCAAGAGAUUGAUGUAUGGUAUCCUGAUGUUAAGGCUGGAGAGAAAAUCCUACCAGAACAUGAUUUGUAUAUAUUAAAUACAGAAUUUAAAAAGUGUGAGUUGUAG